GAGGGGGCGCACAAACAGUCGGGGGUCGCCUGUCCUCCUUAACUUUAUUUAAACAACUCCCCCCCACCUGAUUCGGGACUUACCUUUUUUUCUUUUCUUUUUUCACAUAUCCAUCCAUCCUCUGGACUGACCAAGUUGGGUUAAAGGAGGGCGAAGAAGAAGAAGAAGAGGAGGAGGAGGAGGAGGAGGAGGAGGAGGAGGACCACCGGUCUGCUGACAGAUGGAGCAGCGAGGCUCCUGGUGGAGAUCAGGGCGCACGGCGGACCCGCAGUGACCGACGCUGCUCCCCGGAGCCAUAGGAGGCCUCACGGAGUAGAAGUGGUGGUGGUGACCUCACCAGCCCGCCCUCCUUCCAAGUGGUCCAGGCUGUUCCCAGCACGGCUAUGAUGGGCCCCCAGGAGCCAGACCUGCAUGGACAUCAUGGAGGAGGCGUGCUGGAGGAUGGGGAUGAGGAUGAGGAGGGCGGCGACAGGGUGCAUGUGUCCGUGGAGGGAGAGGGGAGGGAGGAGGAGGAGGCGGAGGAGGCGGAGCUCCCAUAUCCGUCUCUAGCUCCUGUGGUUCUUUUAGCGCUCACCCAAACCAGCCCGCCCAGAUCCUGGUGCCUACGAGCCGUCUGCCACCCAUGGUUUGAGCGUGUGAGCAUCCUGGCCAUCCUCCUCAACUGUGUGACUCUGGGAAUGUUCCAGCCCUGUGACGACACACACUUCCUACUGCAGGUGCUGGAUGACGGCAUCUUUGUGUUCUUUGCCGGGGAAAUGCUGGUCAAGAUGGUGGCUCUGGGGGUCAUAGGUCAGAAAGGUUACCUAGGAGACACAUGGAACCGACUGGACUUCUUCAUUGUUAUCAUCGGGAUGUUGGAGUACUCGCUGGACGGACACAACAUCAGCCUGUCGGCCAUUCGUACUGUUCGUGUUCUCCGCCCGCUGAGGGCCAUCAACAGAGUUCCCAGCAUGCGCAUCCUGGUGACCCUCCUCUUGGACACCCUCCCCAUGCUGGGCAACGUGCUGGCGCUCUGCUUCUUUGUCUUCUUCAUCUUCGGCAUUGUUGGUGUGCAGCUGUGGGCGGGGCUGCUGAGGAACCGCUGCUUCAUGGGGGAGGAUGUCAAGAUGAGAUACAACGUCUCCUUCCUGAGCGUUUACUACCGCCCGGGCGGCACAGACGACCACCCCUUCAUCUGCUCCACCGAGAGAGACAACGGCAUGCUCCGCUGCUCCGACGUGCCCCGCCGACGGGUGGGCGGGAUUUCCUGCUUCCUGGGUGCCGAGGAGGGGCGGCAGGAGAGGGCGCCGGGGGCAGGAAGCGUGGUGCCGUGUGUGAACUGGUACCAGUACUACAACGAGUGUCGCGCUGGCGAGACCAACCCUCACAAAGGAGCCAUUAACUUUGAUAACAUUGGAUAUGCGUGGAUUGCCAUUUUUCAGGUAAUUACUCUGGAAGGCUGGGUAGACAUCAUGUAUUACGUAAUGGAUGCCCACUCUUUCUACAACUUUAUCUACUUCAUCUUCCUCAUUAUAGUAGGAUCCUUCUUUAUGAUCAACCUGUGCCUGGUUGUCAUAGCAACCCAGUUUUCCGAGACCAAGCAACGGGAGCACGCCUUAAUGAAAUCAGAGCAGCGCGCCCGCCAGCUCCACCAGUCUGCUUCCACGCUGGCCAGUGACAGCCAACCGGGCAGCUGCUAUGAGGAAAUGAUCCGCUACCUGGCCCAUUUGGGCCGUAAGGCGUGGCGCCGCCUGACCCGCUUCUUGGCCCGUGCCACCAUAUGCCUGCGCUGUACAGGCAUGUGCCGACAGGACCGGGGAGUCAGCCCCAGAGGGGUCGGAGUCGGGGAGAUGAACGGGCUGGCCCAUCGGCAUUCGGGUCACACCCCUGUCGACCUGUCGAGCCUUCAUCAGCUGUACCACCAGCGCCACCCACUACAACCGGAGCGUGGGCUCAGUUGCGGAGGGAAUGGAUUUAAUUACCCAGUCAUCUCUCCACUCGUCAGUCACCUGGAUGCAAAGGGUCAGGAUCAUAAGAGGAUUGUUGCCAUGGACACCAACAACAGGCUGCCACAGCUGGUGCUGGAACACGGCGGAUGUGUCGCCCAUCCGGCGCUACUGUUGCCGGGCGAGGUGCCCAUGGAGUCCUCGGCGCCGUGUCCGUACUGCAGCUACUACAACCAACGGUGUGACCCCGAAAAUGUCAAUGAGGGGCCCGAUGACCGUCAGCACGGCCACAGCAGCUCACUGGCCUGCAAAAGCCCGGAGCCUUGCGGCAGUAGCAGCCCCCACCUGGGCGAGGGGCUUGUGGCUCGCGACACGGGGAGGAGGCGGCUGUGUGAGCAUUGCUGGGCCGAACUCAGAACCAAACUGGAACUGAUUGUGGGCAGCCGAUACUUCAAUAGGGGGAUCAUGAUUGCUAUUCUUAUCAACACGCUGUCCAUGGGCAUUGAGUAUCAUGAACAGCCACAGGAGCUGACUGACAUUUUGGAGAUCAGCAACAUGGUGUUCACCAGUCUCUUCAGUCUGGAGAUGCUCCUUAAAGUCCUCGCCCUUGGGCUCUUUGGGUACAUCAAGAACCCUUAUAACGGAUUUGACAGCAUCAUUGUCAUCAUCAGUGUGUGGGAGAUUGUGGGCGAGGCAGAAGGCGGGCUGUCUGUGCUGCGGACUUUCCGUCUGCUGAGGGUUUUGAAGCUGGUCCGCUUCCUGCCGGCCCUGAGGAGACAGCUGGUGGUGCUGAUGAAGACCAUGGACAACGUGGCCACAUUCUGCAUGCUGCUCAUGCUCUUUAUUUUCAUUUUCAGUAUCUUGGGGAUGCAUCUGUUUGGAUGUAAAUUUGGUCUGCGGCAAGACAGCGGAGAUACGCUCCCGGACAGAAAAAACUUUGACUCCCUGCUUUGGGCCACAGUGACUGUCUUCCAGAUCCUCACCCAGGAGGACUGGAAUGCCGUCCUGUACAACGGCAUGGCAUCCACCACACCGUUGGCUGCUCUCUACUUUGUGGCCCUCAUGACCUUUGGAAACUACGUCCUCUUCAACUUGCUGGUCGCCAUUUUGGUCGAGGGCUUUCAGGCCGAAGGUGAUGCCAACAGAUCAGAGACAGACGACGAAAGGCAGUCGCUGACUUAUGAGGAUGAGGAGAAGCUGAGGGAGAUGUACGCCGCAGACCUGAAGAUCCAGGCCAUGAUCCAGAGCCCCAAUGGUCUCCUCAACCCGAAAGCCUCCAUGCCGCCGCCUCUGUCCCUCCCCGUCAUCACGCACACUGCAGCCACGCCGACCAUGAUGUCCAGUCAAUCGCGACGCGCCAGUGCUACCUCCAUGGACGUUAACAGCCUGGAGCAACAGAGGUCGCCGCCCCCACUGGACAGCAGGCCAGAGAGCCGCCGCUCCAGCUGGGCCAGCAUCGGCCGAGCCCCCAGUCUGCACAGGAAGAGCCAGUCAGGGGAGAUGGACUCCCUGCUGUCCGACACCCACACAGGCUCCAACAUGGGCUCCAGAGAACAGAUUAUGGACCAGCAGGACUACCUGCAGGUCCCCAUGCUGCACACGCCCGACUGCAACGGUACCACCUACCACCUGCCUGACCACGACAACCACGACGCUCCCCACACGUCACUCUACCACAGCCAGCAGGAAGAGGAGGAGCUUGAAGAGAGUUUGUAUCAAAAGCUGCGUAAGAUACUGGAGCCCUACGAGCCUCAGUGGUGCCUAGAGCAUGAAGAGUGGUCGCUCUAUGUGUUCGCUCCACACAACCGCUUCAGGCUCUGGUGUCAGAAGACCAUCGGCCACAAGAUGUUUGAUCACAUCAUCCUCCUCUUCAUCUUCCUCAACUGCAUCACCAUCGCCCUGGAGAGGCCUGACAUCCAGCCGCACAGCAUGGAGCGAGUAUUCCUCAGUGUGUCCAAUUACAUCUUCACUGUGAUCUUUGUGGGAGAAAUGAUGAUCAAGGUGGUAGCAAUGGGCUUCUACUUUGGAAAGGGUGUGUACCUGCAGAGUAGCUGGAACAUCCUGGAUGGGCUGCUGGUGUUUGUGUCGCUGGUGGACAUCCUGGUCUCGAUGGCGUCGGCGGGUGGAAAUCGCAUCCUGGGUAUCCUCCGCGUGCUGCGUCUGCUACGCACCCUGCGACCGCUCAGGGUGAUAAGUCGUGCUCCAGGUCUGAAGCUGGUGGUGGAGACUUUGAUUACGUCCCUCAGGCCCAUUGGGAACAUCGUCCUCAUCUGUUGUGCUUUUUUUAUUGUCUUUGGAAUUCUGGGAGUCCAGCUAUUCAAAGGGAAGUUUUUCUACUGCGAAGGCUUCAACGUGACGAACAUCACCAACAAAACUCAGUGUCGGGAUGCAGGAUACCGCUGGCUUCGACGGAAGUACAACUUUGACAACCUGGGACAGGCGCUGAUGUCGCUCUUUGUGCUGUCAUGUAAAGACGGCUGGGUCAGCAUUAUGUAUGAUGGCCUGGAUGCGGUGGGCGUGGACCAACAGCCAAUCAGAAACAACAACCCCUGGAUGCUGCUCUUCUUCAUCUCCUUCCUCCUCAUCGUCAGCUUCUUUGUGCUCAACAUGUUUGUAGGCGUGGUGGUGGAGAACUUCCACAAGUGUCGCCAGCAGCAGGAGGAGGAGGAGGCCCGGCUGAGGGAGGAGAAGCGGCAGAGGCGGCUGGAGAAGAGGAGGAGGAAGGCCCUGGAGAAGCCGUACUACGCCGACUACUCACCACUGCGUCGAUCCAUCCACAGCGUGUGCACCAGCCACUACAUGGACCUCUUCAUCACCAUCAUCAUCUUCACCAACCUCCUCACCAUGAGCAUGGAGCAUUACAACCAGCCUCAGUACCUGGUGGACAUACUCAAGUACUGCAAUUACGUCUUCACGGUGGUUUUUGUCAUCGAGGCCAUCCUGAAGCUGAUUGCCUUCGGCCUACGCCGCUUUUUCAAAGAGAGGUGGAACCAGUUGGACCUUGCCAUCGUGUUGCUGUCUAUCAUGGGGAUCACGCUGGAGGAAAUCGACCUGAACGCCUCGUUGCCCAUCAACCCCACCAUCAUUCGCAUCAUGAGAGUGUUGAGGAUUACGCGAGUGCUGAAGCUGCUGAAGAUGGCCACAGGGAUGAGAGCGCUGCUGGACACCGUCAUGCAAGCAUUGCCUCAGGUGGGGAAUCUGGGUCUGCUCUUCAUGUUGCUGUUCUUCAUCUAUGCAGCUCUGGGAGUUGAGCUCUUUGGAAAACUGGAGUGUUCCGAGGAGAAUCUGUGCGAAGGCCUCAGCCGCCACGCCACCUUUGACAACUUUGGCAUGGCGUUCCUCACUCUCUUCCGGGUGUCUACCGGGGACAACUGGAACGGGAUCAUGAAGGACACGCUGCGGGAGUGCCGCCCCGAGGACCGCCACUGCCUCACCUACCUGCCACUGAUCUCACCCGUCUAUUUCGUCACUUUCGUUCUGACGGCUCAGUUCGUCCUGGUCAACGUGGUGGUGGCCGUCCUCAUGAAGCACCUGGAGGAGAGCAACAAGGAGGCGCAGCUGGAGGAGAUGGAGGAGAGAAGGGAGCGCGAGGAGGCCAACAGGAGGAACAGCACAGCUUCGGCGGGCGGAGACGCCAGCAACAAUGGGGAUGCACCUUCCCAAGUGCAAAUUGACGGUGAGGACCGUUGCCACGGAAACCUGCUGGACAUUGGACGCAUGCUGUCGCUACCCAGCGACAGCUACGGUCAGCCUCUCAGAUAUCCCCCGUAUUCUCCUGUUGGCGUGGAGAGAUACACAGCCUACAGUUACUCAGGCUCCAUGUCCUCACUGGGUUCCAGCGGGGGUGGCUCCCUCCUCCAAGUACCAGGAGCUCUGCCCGCCAUCAGCCACGCCUCUUUGGGAGCGGGACGCAGCACCCGGCCGAUGAUCCGCCUCAGCAGCUCCCAGAGCAUGGACAGGUACACCCCCCACCGAGCAGUCCCAUCAGACAGCGCAGACGCAUGCAGGCUGACCCCGGCUCACGCCGCAAACAGACACAGACUCAAUUCGGCUCACAGCAUCGACGGAUGCAAAUUCAGCCCUGCCCGAGCCAUGGACAGAUACAGGCUGAGCUCGGCCCACAGCAUGGACGGGUACAAUGCAGAUGCGGAGUAUGGCACUGAGAGAGGCGAGCUGGUGUCCAGCUACAGUAUAGACAGACAUCCGUCCCUCAGACUGAGUCCUCUGCACGGAGCCAGCAGGGGGCGCUCUCAUUGGCUCAGCCCUGAGGAGAGUCUGGACCGGAACAAGCUGAGUCCCUCCUAUGUCCCGGAGAGUUCUGUCCUCAAGAGACCGGCAUCAUUCCGCACCGCUAGCAGACAGCUGCGGAGACAGGAGGCCGUGCGCUGUGAUUCUCUGGACCAGAGCAGCUCAGCUGACAACAUGGCAGAUGGCCACCUUGCCGCCUCUCCCACACCGCCCCGUCAGCGGACGUCCAGCGUCCACACGUUGAAAUACACUCAACCCCAAAGGGUCAUCUCCUGCAGGAGCCACAGUCAGGGUCACAGCUACACCAGAACGGGACCAGAACACGGAACAGAGUCAGAAGCAAACGUGGUCGAGAGGCGGCCCGUCAGCCCGCAGAGCCUCUCCAGCCUCAAGGUGCCCAGUGGGGACUCCCCCUCUGCGGCUGGGCUCUGCCCCGUCCCCAUGUCUGACGCGGGUCCCCAGUUGGACGACACAGACGAGGAGGUCCGCAAGAUCAACACGUCUGCUCACACACAACUUUCCCCCACCUCACACAAAAGUAGACACCUCAGCCAAUCCGUGUCCCCCGUGUCGGGCAGGAACAGAAAGGAGAGGAUGAGCCCGCCACCGGGGGAGGAGCCUGUAACCAUGGCGACCCAGCUGAUGGACAGCAGCGUCAAGCUCAGGAGGCGAACUUUUUCAUUUGAUGCCACAACUCUUCCGCCCAAUCAGGCUGAGUCGGGGUCCAUGGACGACUGAGGACAUUCCGAGUCAAGCACACUAGAAGGGCCUGAAUAGUUCCUGUUUCAGGCCACACCCCCCUGCCUUGUCCUGUCCAAUCACAGGCCGUGUGUAUGACUUGAAUGUGUUGAAACCCCUUCUUUGGGACCAUUCUUGGAUGAGGGUAAAACUUCUUUUUUCCCAGUGCAGGUUUUUGCACACCGGAUGCACAAAUAAACCUUCUCAGCCUGAGUUUAGAGAUACUUCCUGCUAGAUUUGCUCGCCCCAACCCUUCUUUUCCUCUCGCCUCAAGCCGAGGUCAAGUCCCCAAAGCGAGACAGUGCAUCAUUCCGAGAGCCGGUCCUCAUGUUUUGCCCCUGUCAUGUCAAAAUAAGCCAGCCAUAACAUUAUUAGUUGUCAUCCCAGUGUAAAAAGAAGUUAACCACUGGUCAUGGUUUGUAGUUGUGUAAAGGGUUUGGCAAAGUUAGGUUUUCUAGUUGGGGUGAAUGUUAGGUUAGGGUUUGGCAGUCGGGUUGGGUUCGGUUAGGGUUUGUGGUUGGUUAGGUCAAUUACAGGCAAUUAUAGUAUUUUCUGUCAUGCCCCCAUUGGGGGACAGAAAUGUUUAUGUACCCCCCAAUUUGAAGUACAAUUGAGAAACUGAUAUCUAUUAUCUAUCUAUAAGACUGAACUCGAAACUGAAACCAGCGAACUGCAACAAAAUGGAGAGCAGUGAAGCUUACUGUAUCGCAUGCAGAGUAUGACAAAUUCAUACAUUUCAGUUCACCGUGCCUCCUCCAGGGGGGCCCGUCCCAGUAUUUGAGAAGCACUGGGUUAGGUUAGAUUUUGCAGGUGUGUUUUGGGGUUUGGCAGUUUGGGUGAGGUUGGGUAAGAUAGGUUGAGGUUUGGUUAAGCUUUGGUGGGUUGGGUUAGCGUCCGGGCGUUAGGGUCAGGAUUAGGGUUGAUCUAAGUUCUGAAACUGAACUCACAUUUUAAAUACAGUAAAAAUGUAAAACAGGUUAUGACCAUUUAGGCUAGAAACAGCUCUUAGUAAGAUUUGACGUCUUUCUACUUGAAUGCAAACUACAUCCACAGUAAUAAAUGUUUAUUUUACAAAAAUCAUAACAUCAAGCUCCCCCCUGGGUCCAUUGUAAUUUUGGGGCUUGCAGCACUACCUUAACGGAUGUCUGAUAAGUUGUGUGACCUCUGCUUUCGCGCGUGCUCUCUCUACCUCUUCCUUUCCUCUUCCCUUGCCUGAUGAGUUUCCAAGCCUCUUGCAUCCUCUUGUUUUUGUAUUCUCAGGGUAGACGUAGACGACAAACACAGCAACAGUGUUGCACUGCCCCCUGCUGUUUGGAGGUGGAAUUGAUGCUGUCUUUUUUGUUUCAAAACUUCCAAGAGGAGAUGAUUGGAUGAGAAAAAGGGUGCAGAAGGGCUUAUUCAGGUUGUGAAAUGCAGAUUCUGGUUUACUGCAACAGCACCAGUGAUGUGAGGAAGUGAUGAUGCUGAUGUUUGUGGUAACCAUGGUAAACCCAGGAAGCUUUACAUCAUGCACAUGUUGACAUUGUUGAUGGAAUGCACAACCAUACAGCAGGGUCACUUACAAGACUUUUGGACAGACUUGGAAUAAAACUACUUCCUGUCUGACUUUUACUGACCACCACGUUAUUUAUACAAUAUUCUCCCCACUUCAAAUUUGGCAGCUUCACUUAUGAUGCUUCAAAAGGCUUUUCAAAAAUAUAUUAAAUACAUCGUGCUGUUUUGUGGUUGAAUAUGGCCUGUUAGUCAUAAAAUAUGCACAUUUAAACAAAAUGUAUUAAUUUUCUAGAUUAGGGUUAGGUAAGUAAAAGUCAGGUCAUCCCGGCCCCCAUUAAUGGAGAAGUGAGGAAAAAAGGCAGGGUCCCCCCCUCCAGGUCAGACACCCAAACCAACAUGACAAAAAAAAAAAAAAAAAAAAAGGCUUCGAGAGGCACAUUGCUCACAACUGCCCAGUAAUGCACCCCAGCUGCUUCAAACCAUAUUCACCAUGCAGGGGGUGUGAACCUACAUCAAACACACUUUGAGUGGAGCAUCUAAAAGAUUCCGAUAGCUUGCUGUGGCCAAAUGUAACUUUUUGCUUUAAAAUGCAGCGUCAAGCACCUUACGUUGGUUUGCAGUGGCUGAAAGUACCAUUUUAUUAUUUUAAAAUGGGUUUCAGACCGAAUGGAGUGCAUUGCCCACAACUGCCCAGCAAUAAACCACAGAUGCACCAAACCAACUAAAACAUGAGCAUUCGGCCUGGGGCACUUUUCCUCACUUCCCAGUUGCACCAAACCACAUUCACCUUGCAGGGGAUGCGAACUUAUAUGAUACACACUUUGAAUAGAAUGUCUAGUUUACGGGAAUGGGCAAACUUUGGCCCCGGGGCCACAUCAGCCCACAAAUCCUUUGAAUCCGGACCAGAAUAUGCUUCCAAAAGUAUUUAAGCCUUAAAACAUACUGGCAACAUGACUUGUAAGUAGUCCGAGUCAAUCAAUCUGAGACAACCUUUCGAUGGUUUAAGUAGCUUUUCACAUGCAGCAAUCCAAACAACUACCUCACCCAUGGUGCCAAACACACACAAGUAAAAAAAAAUGUGAUAUAACUUAACCUAUACAUUGCACUGUAUGUGAAGAAAAUUCAAAAGAGGGACAUUCACAUACUAAAAACAUUGGACCACGUUUUCCCUUGCCCUGGCGCGGGUCACCUGGGCCCCGCUCUGGAGCCAGGCCUGGAGGAGGGGCAUGAUAGCGAGUGUCUGGCCCAUGGGGCCCGGCCGGGGCACAGCCCGAAGAGACAACAUGGGUCCCCCCUCCAAUGAGCUUGGAAAGGCCAAAGGGGUUGGGUUCAGUGUGAGCUGGGCAGCAGCCAAAGGACCUUGGCGGAUACUAGCUCUUGAGAAAGGGAAUGUCACGUCUCUGGUAGGGAAAGAGCCUGAGCUGGUGGACGAGGCUGACAAGUUCCGGCUAGAUAUAGUCGGACUCACCUCAACGCACAGCAAGGGCUCUGGAACCAGUCCUCUCGAGAGGGGAUGGACUUUGUUCAACUCUGGCGUUGCCAGCAGUGAGAGGCGACGGGCAAGUACGGCAAUUCUUGUUGCGCCCCGGCUUGUGGCCUGCUUGUGGCUUGCUUGUGGCUUGGGACCUUGGCGGUCCAAUCCUCAGCUACAGAAACUCGCUCUAGGGACAUGGAAUGUCACCUCUCUGGUAGGGAAAGAGCCUGAGCUGGUGCGUGAGGUUGAGAAGUUCCGGCUAGAUAUAGUCUGACUCACCUCAACCCACAGCAAGGGCUCUGGAACCAGUCCUCUUGAGAGGGGUUGGACCUUGUUCCACUCUGGCGUUGCCAGCAGUGAGAGGCGACGGGCUGGGGAGGCAAUUCUUGUUGCGCCCCGGGCUUGUGGCCUGCAUGUUGGCGUUUAACCCGAUGAACGAGAGGGUAGUUUCCCUCUGCCUUCGAGUAGGGGGACGGGUCCUGACUGUUGUUUGUGCUUAUGCGCCAAACAGCAGUUCAGAAUACCCACCCUUUUUGGAGCCUCUAGAGGAAGUACCGGAGAGUGCUCCCUCAGGCGAUUCCCUUGUUCUGCUGGGGGACUUCAACGCUCACGUUGGCAGCGACAGUGAGACCUGGAGAGGCGUGAUGGAACGCCCCCCCAGUGCACAGUCAACAUCGUGUAUGGUGGGAAUGGUGUGCUGCUGACCUCGACUCGGGAUGUUGUGGAUCGGUGGAAAGAAUACUUCGAAGACCUCCUCAAUCCCACCGACACGUCUUCUAUAAGGAAGCAGAGCCUGCGGACUCCGCGGUGGGCUCUCCUAUCUCUGGUGCUGAGGUUGUCAAAAAGCUCCUUGGUGGCUUUUAAGAAGGGGGACAGGAGGGUGUGUUCCUUCUAUCGUGGAAUCACACUCCUCAGCCUCCCUGGUAAGGGCUAUUCGGGGUUCUGCAGAGGAGGAUCCACCAGAUAGUUGAAUCUGGAAUUCAGGAGGAGCAGUGUGGUUUUCGUGCUGGUCGUGUAACUGUGGACCAUCUCUACACUCUCAGCGGGGUUCUUGAGGGUGCAUGGGAGUUUGCCCAACCAGUCUACAUGUGUUUUGUGGACUUGGAGAAGGCAUUCGACCGUGUUCCUCGAGGAAUUCUGUGGGGAGUACUCCAGGACCAGCUAAUUCAGGCUGUUCGUUCCCUGUAUGACCGGUGUCAGAGUUUGGUUCGCAUUGCCGGCAGUAAGUCGGACCCGUUUCCAACCCUCGUUGGACUCCGCCAGGGCUGCUCUUUGUCACCAAUUCUGUUCAUUAUUUUUAUGGACAGAAUUUCUAGGCGCAGACAGGGCGUUGAGGGGUUUCGGUUUGGUGGCUGCAGGAUUGAGUCCUGUGGUCCUGCUGGCUUCAUCAAGCCGUGAACUUCAACUUUCACUGGAUCGGUUUGCAGCCGAGUGUGAAGCGGCCGGGAUGAGAAUCAGUACCUCCAAGUCCGAGUCCAUGGUUCUCACCCGGAAAAGGGUGGAAUGCCAUCUCCGGGUCGGGGAUGAGAUCCUGCCCCAAGUGGAGGAGUUUAAGUACCUUGCGGUCUUGUUCAUGAGUGAGUGAGGGAAGGAUGGAAUGUGAGAAUCUGUUGCCCCCGCGACCCAAUCUCGGAUAAGCGGUAGAAGAUGGAUGGAUAGAUGGAAGUUACAUGAUAUAUAGUUUUGUACAGAGUAUAGAUAUGUAUAUUCUUUUGUAUAGUUGUUUAUCUAGAUACAGUCAAACCUGUCUAUAGCGGCCACUAAAGGGAAACGGCAAAAGUAUAGGAAGGUGGCCGUUAUAGGCAGGUUGGCGGCCAUUUUCACUUUGUGCGCGCUCAUGCUAACAUGUCUGUGAUUAGAAGCUUGCUGUGUUUGCAGAUACAUAUAUUUAUACUGUUACAUGUUGACCAGUAAAGGGCACUGUGGGACUGCGGAUAACAGUUGUAAAGAACUACUAGGUUAAUAAACCGCUGUUAAUAAAGCAAUUAAAGUGCAUUGGCGACGUGAGUCUCUCCUUCCCCACAACAAGGGGCAUUACAGUAUUGACCAGUGCACAUUGUCUCACACCAGGAAAUAAAAGGUGUCACUGUCUGCAACAAGCUCCAAAGAAGACGGCUUUUUUAUGUCGAAGCACUGACAGUUUGUGUGGAUCUUGUGAAUGAUUGUGACUGAGCUACGACGGCUUCAUUGCUUAAAAAACGAAACUUUUUCGUGCAUGAAGCUUCUGCUUGAGUCGGCAUUUUGGCCGCUAUAUGCGGUCAGAUAUUGACCAAGGGAUACAAAAUGGGUGGCCGCUGGCCGUGUUAGACAGGUGACUGCUAUACACAGGGUCUAUAACACGCAAAUUUUCUGCACAGGAUUUUUCAGUGGCCGCUAUAGGCAGGUGGCCGUUAUAUACAGGUGGCCGCUAAGACAGGUUUGACUGUAGUAUGCUACUAAAUUUCAUACAUUUGUUUUUUCAUUAUAAUUGUAUGUGUUUCUCUUUAAGAAAUAGACAUCUUUACGACAGUCUUGCGACAGUCGUUAAUUGGUUACCAUGGUGCCCCCAGUGUGUGCUGUAGGCUCGCACCACUGAUCUGUAUUAUAUAUCUGGAUACACCAUUGGUCAAUGACUUGUGAAGCCACGCGGCCGCCAUAUUGCCACUCACAAGAAACACUUGUCGGACAAUGACUUAUGUCAGAACUUGUGAGUUGUUGAGUCUGUUGUUAGUUUGUUACCCACUCACACUAAAUGCAAGGUUAGUCUUCAGACUAACCUCGCACAACAGGUGUGCUUGAGCUUAGUCAUAAGGACUAGGGUAUGAUAAUUUUUAAAAAUUCUGUCUAUCAUACCAUACCUGAGUCAUAACGGCUUUACAUAUGGGGCCGUGGGAGAUAUGUAAACAAACCGCGACUAGACUACUAAAUAAUUUGCGGUUGCUUGCAAAUAUAAAAUGUUUUUUUUUAUUAUUAUAUUACAUAUUAUUCAUGUGGUUUUUGUUAAAAUAUAUUUCUAUAUCAGAAAAGAGGUUAUUUCUAUUUCAUAACACAAACAAAAAAAAUCAGGAAAAAAAAAUCAGCAAAAUGUUAAAUGAUUUUAAAACUUGUCCAAAGUCACUCUCUUAUGAUUCAUAUUUUGUACAGACAAGAGCAUAGUGAAUUGUAUGAAAGUAAGAAAAAAAAUAAGUAAAGGAUCAUGACCAUGGAUUUCAGUGGA